AUGAUUGCCGAGUUGACGUAUUCUAAGCCAGAACUGUCUUCUAUUCAGGUUGCCAUAAAAAAACCAAUUUUUGCUUCAAAAAACUAUGAACACAUUAGAAAUAGAGUCAAGACGAAAGACCAAGUCACCGGAUGGACUGGACUUCAGAAAGCCAAAGAAGUCCUUGAUGAGAUCCCGGAAGGAGUGGAUCUAAUUGAGCAUCUCUUCGCCAACCUGAACAGGAAAGAGAAAAUGAUGAAGCUCCGGGACGGACUCUACGUCCUCGAGCACAUCAGCUCGGAAAGCUGGGAGAGCUGCCUUGGAAUCAAGACGGCCACCAAGCCUGCCGAGGUGUCUGGCCCUGGCUUGGGAAAGGGACCGAAGCAGCAGGAGGAGGAAGAGGGGAAGUCGUCUUAA